GGGAGGAGGGCGCAGCCUCCCGUUACGGCUGUGCCGUAAAGCGCUGCCGGCAGAGCUUACUGCGUGAAGUCGGUUAAAAAAAAAAAAAAAAGACGAGAAUAAAGAGAUCACUGAAAUGUGAGAAUGGCCAAUUCUUUAAGAGGCGAAGUGGUGACUCUAUACAAAAAUCUGCUGCAUCUUGGAAAGGAGUAUCCCAAAGGUGCAGACUAUUUUAGAAGCCGUUUGAAAGCAGCUUUUCUAAAAAAUAAAGAUGUGAAAGAUCCUGAAAAAAUUAGGGAGCUAAUUGCACGAGGAGAAUUUGUUAUAAAAGAGUUGGAGGCUUUGUACUUCCUCAGGAAAUACAGAGCUCUGAAGCAGCGCUACUACAGUGACGACGAUCUGUAGCUGGUGCUGAAGGCUUUGCAUGUAACAAUACAAACUCAUAAAAACAAUAAAUGAGCU